UUCCAACCCCAGGUGAGGCAGUGGAUUGGCUACUCUCCCCAGUUUGAUGCCCUGCUGGACCACAUGACGGACAAGGAGACACUGGUCAUGUACGCCUAGCUCCGGGGCAUCCCCAAGCUCCACAUCAGUGCCUGUGUGGACCAAAUUCUUGAUGAUUUACUCAUGUACACGUACGCCGACAACCUGGUGAAGACCUACAGCGGUGGCAACAAGCGGAAGCUGAGCACCGGCACUGCCUUGCUUGGAGAGCCCACAGUCAUCUUCCUGGGCGAGCCGUCCACUGGCAUGGACCCCGUGGCCCGGAGCCUGCUCUGGGGCACCGUUGCGAGGGCCUGCAAGUCUGGCAAGGCCAUUGUCAUCACCUCCCACAGCAUGGAGGGCUGUGAGGCCUUGUGCACCUGGCUGGCCAUUAUGGUGCAGCAUCAGUUCAAGUGCCUGGGCAGCCCACAGCACCUCAAGAGCAAGUUUGGCAGUGGCUACUCCCUACGGGCCAAGAUCUGGAGCGACAGGCAGCAGGAGGCCCUGGAAGAGUUCAAGGCAUUCGUGGACCUGACCUUCCCAGGUGUUUGGCAUUUUGGAGCAAGCCAAGAAAAAGUACAUGUUGGAAGACUACUCAGUCAACCAGAUCUCUCUGGAGGACAUCUUCCUGAGCUUCACCUGCCCUGUGCCCCCCAACCAACGGGAAAACAAACAAGCGAAGGCAGAACCUGCAGGCCCCUUGUUACCCUUUCCACCUCUCUCUCCACCUUCUCCCCAGCCUCCCUAAGCAGCCUCAGAGGAACAACACCUGCCAUGUCCUGUCAGGAGUAUGGAGGCCUGGGGGUGACCAUGGUUGUAAUGAUGCCGUACUUCUGA